AGUGGGCGAGAAGCAUGGCGCAGGUGCAGGCUGAGGCAGGCAUCGGGGCCGCCCCUAGCUGCCACUCGCCGCCUCCUCCCCGGGGCCUGUGCUGCUCCACUACUCACUCCCGCGCUGGUCACGCUCGCCUCGCUCCCCGCGCCCCCUCACACUCCAGACCUCCCCAGAGCUUCCAGACUACACAUCAAUCCCUGAAGUCUCGAGCCGCGGCACGCACGCCUCCCCGUCUGGCUGGAGUCGCGGCCGAGAGGGAGGGAGAUAAGAGGAAGAGGAAAGAGAGGAGUUGGUCUGUUAGUGUGUGUGUGUGUUUCGUGUCUCCAGUGUGCGUCUCGCCUCACCACUCGGCUCUCCCAUCGGUGGGCGGCGCAAGUCAUCACCUGCAGGAGGGAGAGGAGGAGAACUAAUCCCGUGUGAGCCGUUCGUGACCUGUGACACCAUUAUAGUGAAAGACAAACCUUUACUCUGACAAUAAGAAAUACGAAUAAAAAACUUAUAUUGCUGUUAUUGAUAUGCGAUUGACUGGAAUAAUAAAAAAAAAGUCCACCUUACUGCACUUCUAACCAAUCAGCAUCAGCAGUAGCGUGAGGUAGUGCUGGUGGUGAGGUGUGCACUGUCGAGAAAGGAAAGAAGGAGUGAACAAACUAAAAGGAGGAGUAUUUUAUCUGUAUCCUUUGCCGCCGAGACUCGACCCCCCCACCCCGAACAGCAUUAUGAACAAACCCAAGGCCAUCGUCAUCUCUGCCGGCAAUGCCAAGACAGAAGAUCGAUCAUGUCUGGGAACGUGCAGGUCCAUCUGGCGGGCGCUGCUGCUGGGUCAGGUGGCGUCCCUCCUGCUGUGUGUGACGGGCGCCUGCUGCCACCUGCUCAACAACACCUACCACCUCAAGCUCCCAGCAGCCGUGAGCUUCAUCAACUACGUGCUGCUGUGCCUGGUGUACACGACGUGGCUGGCGUGUCGCUCCGGCGAGGGUUCUUUGCUGCGGGUUGUGCGGACCAAAGGAUUUAAGUACCUCGUGUUGGCUGCCGUGGACGUGGAGGCCAACUACCUGGUGCUCCGAGCCUACCAGUUCACCUCCGUCACCUCCGUCCAGCUGCUGGACUGCUUCGUGGUUCCUGUAGUGCUGGCGCUAAGCUGGCUGUUCCUGAAGGUUCGCUACAAGCUGGUUCACGUGCUGGGCGUGGGAUUGUGUCUGCUAGGGGUGGGUUGCCUGGUAUGGGCCAAUGUGGACGACGGCAAGGCAGCCAUUCCAGGUGCUGAGCGGCUGCUGGGUGAUAUGCUGUGUCUUGGUGGCGCCACCCUUUACGGGAUCAGCAACGUGGCGCAGGAGUACGUGGUGAAGACCUACGACAGUGUGGAGUUUCUGGGCAUGAUGGGACUCUUCGGCUCCCUCAUCAACGGCAUACAACUAGCUAUCCUGGAGCGUAACGACGUGGGAUCGGUGCGGUGGGACACUUGGCCGGUACUGGCGCUGGUGGGUGGCUUCAGCGCGGCGCAGUUCCUGUUCUAUGUUGUGGCACCAGCCGUCAUGCGGGUGACCUCAGCCACGGCGCUCAACCUCGCGCUCUUCACGGCCGACUUCUACAUCCUCAUCACUGGCAUCGCGCUCUUCAAGUUCAAGUUCCACCCUCUGUACUUCCUGUCGUACAUCCUGGUGGUGACGGGCGUGAUCGUGUUCGUCAUCAAGCCCACGCCCAUCGCCUCCACCAACCGCGGCUACUACAGGGAAAUCUCAGUGGGCCGGUCGAGCAGCGGCAACGAGGUGGAGCUGACCACCACCCCGGGCACUGCCACCAGCAGCAUGGGCGGCGGUGGCUCCUUCACAGAGUGGCCGCCGCUGCCCCCAGAGGUUCGGGGCUGUCCUGACUACCCCUAUCCUCACUCCCACUCCACGGAAUUCAGGCAAGGCUCUAAGACGCCGGCGCCACCCACCGACUAUCCAAGUACCCCGCCCUCGCCGCCCCAGCAGUUCAGGUCACUGCCCCGCCCCGCUCGCCGGGAGCAGUACCCUGCUGGGCAGGCUGGGGGCGGGCAGAGGGCGGCCACUCUCCACCGCCCUGCGCGGGUACGUUUCCAGCUUGACUCUAUCGAGCCAACGGUGCCUCAUCCUCUACCCACGAGCUGGGAGAUGUGAGGUGCUGAAGGGCUCAUGCUGGGGCCCGCCGGGUGGUGCUGAGGACACUAUGCCCGCCGCCUGACCUUCGCCGAAUGCAGAAGGCCGAGGCGACGAUGCUGCAGACCUGGGCGGCCACCCGACACUGAUGUGCAGCUGCCCGCGUGUAUAUUGUCUUAGUCUUCCCCCUACUGUCUCCAAGGUGCAGCUGAGGGUUCUUCCAGCAGUAUUACUACCCUUGUAGACACCGGCCGCUUUUACCAAUAGUGUUCACGGCAUCUAGACGCCACACCACCCACUCAAGUUAUUUAGUUACACCAGACCUAACCAUUUAAAUACGUCUGGCCUGCAAAGCUGCCGUUUUCUCUUUCAUACUGCUAUACAUGACAUUUAAUGGGAAGCUAAAGUAAAUUUUCGAAGCAUGUUUAUUGCAGUGGCGGUCAGUUCCCUCAGGUCAGAUGUAAAACAGACCUUGCCCUGCCAUCGUCUCGCCAUCUACAUGCUAACAUAUUGCUCAAGAUUGGUCACAGGUUAGAAAACUAAAGGAAGGCAUAGACGAUAAUGAUACAGAAACUGUUCAAAAGCACUAUGGCCUGUAGCUGAACCUUUGUAUUUGUCGUAGGACUUGUGAGACGAUGGUGGUUCAGUACAGGGCGAUGGAAAUAAAAAGAGUGCUACAAUCCUAAAUUCAUGAGUAGUUUUUUGGGAGUUCGCGUUAGGAGUGUGUGAUGUGAUUCCCGAGGCGGACACAUUGCAAUGACUUGCUUCUCUACCCCAUUUCCUAUAGUGACAGCUCAAGGUAAUCACAACUCGUGCUACACAGGUGUGGGUGCGUCACGAGUACUGCAACAGCGUUUGCUUGUCUAAUCACUGGCAUUUUUUUUUCUCAAAUAUUUUUACACUAGUUAAUGAUAAUUUUCAGGCAUAUUCAUAUGCAUUAGCACAGAUUGUUUUAAAUUUUAUAAGUAAUUCUUUACAAAUAAUAUAUAUUAUCAUUAUAGUACUAUCAUCAUAUUUAAUAUCAUUAAUGUUUUUUACUUGAAACAAAAACUCUUCAGGAGAUACAUUUUGUGCCUCUAUUUCACAUUUAUCUAUUUCAUUUUCCGCGCUGUAGAUGAAACAAAACAACAGGCGAUGACUUGACGUGUGUGUGUGUGUGUGUGUGUGUGUGUGUGUGUGUGUGUUCGUUGGUAUAUACUAUAUCUAAUGGCUGGUUUGUCCCCAGUCUCUUUAGAAAAAAUGACAUCACUGUGAUGUCAGGCAAUACUUACCUAUGAUGAUUAUGAACACUACCUCAACGAAUAUGACUGUGUGUGUGUGUGUGUGUGUGUGUGUGUGUGUGUGUGUGUGUGCUAAGAUGUGAAAAGCAAAGAUAAUCACCAUAUCUUUACUAAAUACGGAAUGAAAAUUUUUCAUCUUACUCUCAGCUUUAUUCAAAUCGACACCUUGACGCUGAAUAACUGUAAACAAAGCAGUACUUUUUUUUUAUGAAUUAUCUUCAUUCUCUUCAUCUUUCUCCUGUAUGAUUAACGAUCUCUCUGAUUCACACUCUCUCCUCUCAGCAUAAUGACACGUUAAGACCUCGCACGGUUAACGAAGAAUCAACCACAUUUUCCUACGUGCUGCCAAAAACCACGCGCUUCUAAUGAGUAAAAGUGUGUGUGUGUGUGUGUGUGUGUGUGUGUGUGUGUGUGUGUGUGUGUGUGUGUGUGUGUGUGUGUGUGUGUGUGUGUGUGUGUGUGUGUGUGUGUGUGUGUGUGUGUGUGUGUGUGUGUGUGUGUGUGUGUGUGUGUGUGUGUGUGUGUGUGUGUGCGUGAACUUUGUGUUUAAGAAGUGAUGGACAAUGCCAAAUAAAGGAGACAAAAAAAAAUAGAAAGACAGAAAAAUUGUACAUAUGCAAUAUAAUGUGUAGCGUAAAACGACUGAAAAAAAUAACUUCAACUUUUAAAAAUUCCGAGAAAAAAUUGUUAUCGUGUAUUGUUGCUCCCUUUUUAGUGUACAUAUUACGGUGAUCACGACACAGAAGACCCGCAGAGCAUCACAGGGACUUGUUAGGGUUGUGAGUGGUUGCCGUUGUGACAUCAGUAGUUGUAGCUGUGCAAUAGACAUCCUGACGCGGGCCCUACCCAGCACCACCUCUUGGGCCAACCUGGGGUUACAAUUUUUUUUUUUCUUCUGAAGUAUUCCUGUUGAAUGUGUGUGUGUGUGUGUGUGUGUGUGUGUGUGUGUGUGUGUGUGUGUGCACGUUUGAGAGAGAGAGAGAGAGAGAGAGAGAGUGUGUGUGUGUGUGUGUGUGUGUGUGUGUGUGUGUGUGUGUGUGUGUGUGUGUGUGUGUGCAAAAUUCCUGUAGGUCCCAAGGGUGUUCAUGUGGAUGCGUGUUCACACAUGAGGUGAAUCACCGCGAGGCAGUCCUUGCUGCCAGUGUUGGCACAAACAGUUUCUUCUCGCACCAGACGAAGAGACAUAAACGUGUAUAUGACAGCGAUGCAGCCCUUGGUGUUCUGGUGCUGACACAUGCACCGACACUAAAUCCUUUUUGACCGGAGCGUGCUACUCUGCCGCCGCGCCGCGUUAUACAGUGUUCUACAUAAUUAUACAUAAUUGUAGUGUAAUAGUUUUUAAAACGAAUCUCACGUACGGUAACUCGCAUACGGUUAAAAGUGAAUUUUACUAGCGGGAUGAUGAAGAGUGCUAUGCCAUAACGUGACUUAGCACAAAAGUACAGUUCUGUUAGGCGAGUCCUUGCGCUGUGUUGGUAAGGCUUGCAGCUUUAUCUGGCACAUUGUGCAGCAUUGUGGUGUACCUCUGAGUAUUGUGGUGCAUUGUAUGUGUGACGCGGCCUGAUAUACUCCUCCGAGUGUCGUGAUGGCGUAUGUCACCCUGACGUUUGGUGGCAUUGCUCCAUGUUGUGCACAAUUGAGAAGCGGUACUUAAAACACCGGGGCAUGGCGAGGUAGGAAUACCUUGGCAUGGUCCAGUAUUCUGAAGUGCCGUAAGUCAAUGUCAUCUAGGCGUGACGAAAGUAGCACGCGUCCCAGCUCACCGAAGCGACACGAGCAGACACUGUGACGAGUUGUAGUGAACCGAGACAAGACGUGACGCGUUUUCUCCCACAACAAAGAUACGGUGGUGCUAUUCAGUGUCGUACAGGAAGCACAAAUACCUGUCGCCCGGCCCUGCGAAUCACCCUACCACCUCCAGAAGCUCUGGCUAAGGAAGCGUGGCAGGGGGCGGCGGCUAGUCGAGGGUAACAGUCAAUAGUGUUAGUAAAGAUGUAAAUAAGUAGCUCCGACCACUUGUAUGUAGGGGUAGAAGGUGGACGGGAGGGAGACAGUCUACUUGUCUAUUUGGUCUCUACCAUUUUCCGAUAAGACUAUUGUACACACUGCUACUGAGUGACUUAUUUUAAUAAUUCUCUCUCUCUCUCUCUCUCUCUCUCUCUCUCUCUCUCUCUCUCUCUCUCUCUCUCUCUCUCUCUCUCUCUCUCUCUCUCUAUCUAUCUAUCUAUCUAUCUAUCUAUCUAUCUAUCUAUCUCUCUGUCUGUCUGCCUGUCUAUCUCUUUGAGUCAAUAGAUAUUUCCUCAACGAGAUUUUACUUCUAACUAGUUUCAUGUGUGUGUGUGUGUGUGUGUGUGUGUGUGUGUGUGUGUGUGUGUGUGUGUGUGUGUGUGUGUGUGUGUGUGUGUGUGUGUGUGUGUGUGUGUGUGUGUGUGUGUGUGUGUGUGUGUGUGUGUGUGUGUGUGUGUGUGUCUUAUAAAUCUAUAUUACACUUCGAGGUGGCUGUACUACGUCAAUUCGUACUUCUGUACAUAAUGUUUAUAAUCAUGUAGGGCUAGAGUGAGAGAGAAGGUUUAUCAUUAUUGUGUCCGACAAAAUCUGCCAAGGAAAACAACCAAACUAUCUCCCAUACCAGUUAAUUAGGAAUCUCACCACACACACACACACACACACACACACACACACACACACACACACACACACA